UUGUUCUUUCCCCUUGUUUUUUUCAAAUCUCGUCUCGUUCAGCCAAAACACAAACCUUUCAAUCCCCUUUCAGCUGCACAAUUCCACCCCCCUCCCCCUUGAACCCCCAACAAUUCGAUGAUGAGUCGCGCAACGGACGGCCACGCGCCACCCGCCUCAGCGCCGACGUCCGCUGGCGGUGCAUCCGUCGCAGGCUCACAGAGCUCCAGUCCGCAGGUGCCGCAGUCGCCGUCGCCGCGCCCGGGAUCACGCCCGGCAGUGCCCAUGCCUGGCCUGGGCUCGCGCUCGCCGCUCUCAGGCCAGCACUCGAUGGACGCGCACGGUGGCCACCGCAGGAACAAGUCGCUCGCUGAGGCCAUGCUGUCAUUCAACAAGGACGGAGGAGGCGCUGCAAUCGCGGGAGGGAACGAUCAGCCUUCGACGUUGCCGCCGCGGUCCCUCUCGUCCGCUUCGGAGCAUCAAGUCCUUUCCACCGCCGUCGUGCGUGGAGAUUCAAUCACAUCGCUAUCAGGAGCACCUCCUUCGCCAGUGACAUCCCACCAGUCAGUCGACAUUCCCCCUCCUUCACCUGGCUGGGGCAGUGCGACCGUUUCCGCUGGCUCUGCCGCACAAUUCCAGCAAGGCUCUCGCCAACCGCGCCCCGGCAUCAUUGCCAAGUCAACCAGUGAGCACUGGGAGCGUGUUGCGGCAUGCAUGAAGCAGCUCUUCCAGCGCGCGAGCGUGCCAGACAGCAUUGAGUUCCGGAAUGAUCUCGUGCGAUUGACCGCCAAGGCCGAAAAUGAAAUUUUCGUGCUGCUCAAAUUUAAGGAAAUCAUGACCAAGGGCAUGAUCAUUUUGCGCGAGCAGUUCAAGGACGUGGCCGAGAGUCGGUUAUUUGUCGAGCGAAUGGGGCACAUCUGGACUGUCUUUUACACGCAAAUUCUCCCAGAACUCAUGGCAACCUUCCAACCCGUUGCGCAUGAUACCAGCUCGGACCUUGGCAUUCGACGCGUGGCGUUGAGUUCAUGGCGCGAUCACAUCCUCCUGAACAGUGUCAUUCGGCAAAAGGUCGAAGAUGCUAUUGCCGCUCGAGUGGUUUUCUCUCCAACCUUUUUGCAAAUGCUGCUUGUUCUGCAGUCCAUCCAGGAAAACAAUUCCAACGAGCAAGCAGUGUACGCCGUUCUGUCUGGGCUGGGCGUUCCAUACCUGCACGUGGACGAUCCCACAGCAUCGCGCAUGUACACGCGCUCAAUCUCAGAGUCGUCAUUGAAGACGAUGGUCGCGCCCGAUGCGGAAACGCCUCCACCCAACGAAGCAGCCUCCCACUUUGCAAGGCACACAAUGGGUCGAACGAGCCGUAAAUCGUACGCGAGCGAUCGUGACCUGGUUUCUUGAGCAAAAGAAGCAGCAGGUCGAUGCGAUGUUAUUUUUGGGGGGACACUCUUUUUCGGGUUUUGUCUGGCGCAACCCUUUUGCCGCACCGUUGUGGUCGCGGAAUGAUUGCUACUUGGAUGCGAGUUCAGUUCUGUUUCGAUUCGACUUUUACACUUUGUCCGUUUUGCUGCCGUUGUUGCUUGAAUACAUCUCAGGUUUGUGUAGACUUCCCACUGCGCGUUUGUGUGAACCGCUUGUUUGCGAACACUCCAGACACCCC